CAUCUGGCAAUCAGCAGACUACUAUUUAAGCUGGGACCUAACCUUCAGUCUUCACUUGAGUGUGGUCUGUCUGCAGUAGUAUUCGCCUCGCUUGUCUGCAUAAUGCCAGACAGCAACAGGUCACAACACAUCUGCCGGCCUUGGGCAGUAAUAUUAAAUUGUACCUUGGUGAUUUUCGAUAUCAUAUUCAUUGCUCAAGGGGUAGUUGGAUUGGUGUACAGCACCGACUGUCCGAGGCAGCCCUUCAUCCCCGUCUAUAUGUGUUUUUUCAUACUCGUACCCAUCUUGUUGGCACUGAGCUGGUGCUACAACUGUUGCAACAUCGUUCUGUGCUCUGUGGCCAUCAUCUUCUAUGUUUGCUGGUUCAUCACAGGUAAUGUGAUGAUCUACUCCAUUUACGAACCGAACUACAAUAAAAACACAACAAAAGCCGAUCCAUACUGCAACAAGACGCUCUACCUGUUUGCAUUUUGGAGCACCAACCUGACCUACAUCCUGUUAGGUGUGCUCCUCUUGUCCUAUUGCUGUCGUAAGCAACGAGAGGCUGAUGAUAACACUCGGAGUCUGCUGCGGGGAUGAAAAGAAAACUAACAAAUAAAAAAUGAAGCUUUGAACAUG